AUGGCGGAUGCUGAGACACGGGUUGUCUCCGUCCAACGCCUUAGCGAAGGCCCUGGAUCCCGGUCCCUGGCGGAGUGGUGGGCAGACGAGCGCAAGAGUCAAACACCGGAGUCCAAGGCCAUCGAGGAAGCCGCAAAUCUUCUCCGCACAAAUGAUAUCCCCGUUGCUUUCCCUACAGAAACGGUCUACGGCUUGGGUGCCGAUGCCACACGCAGCGCCGCCGUUCAGGGAAUCUACCGCGCGAAGCAGCGACCCUCAGAUAACCCUCUGAUCGUUCACAUUGACUCUCUUAAUAUGCUCGACCGGCUGCUGAAUCCCUCAGAAGGCAGUCCUAGCGCAACCAAGCUACCGCGCGUUCCUAUUCCCUCGAUCUAUACGCCUCUUAUCGAACGCUUCUGGCCCGGCCCACUCACAAUCAUCCUGACAAAUCCGUCUGGCUCGCACCUAGCCCCAGAGGUCACAUCGAAUUUGACAACCUUUGGUGUCCGCAUGCCGUCCUCACCGCUAGCUCGUCUACUCAUCCAUGCUACCGACCGUCCACUCGCCGCGCCGUCCGCAAAUGCGUCUACCAAGCCUUCCCCGACCACGGCGCAACACGUUCACCACGAUCUCAAAGGACGCAUCGAUUUGAUUCUUGAUGGUGGUCCAUCCGGAGUUGGCGUUGAAAGUACCGUCGUGGACGGUCUCUGUGACCCACCGGCCAUCCUGCGACCAGGUGGUAUCGGCAUUGAAGAACUGCGCGAAGUUCCCGGCUGGGAGAACGUCGCAGUUGCCUACCGCGACGGAACGCUGGAUGUCAAGGAGGUCCCCCGAGCGCCGGGUAUGAAAUAUAGACACUAUUCACCGAAAGCGCGUGUCGUCCUCUUCAAAGCGGGAUCGAAUUUGGCCGGCGUCACACGCCACGUACUAAAAGAUCUGCAAGAUACCGCUAUUGGUGCCCACAACAUCGGCAUCGUGCGAACCAGAGAGUGGAAGCAGGGCUUAGACCUUUCCACAGAUGAUGUGCUAGCGAGUACUAUUCAGCCCAUCGCUGCGCCCAUCGAUAAUGUGGUCAGCUUCCCUAUCCCCGUGCAGCAGACUGGCAGCUCAAGUAGCCGGACCAAAAUGGCGUACGACUAUCAUCUGGGAACGGAUACGGGUUCUAUUGCACAUGGGCUUUUCGCGGCGCUACGGGCUCUUGAUGAACUCGAUGUGGAUGUGAUUUACGUGGAGGGGAUAUCUGAUAGUGAUGGUGACUUGGCGGCGGCAGUGAUGAACCGACUUCGGAAGGCCGCUGGAACGGAGAUGAAGGUGUAG